CGAGGCGGAAAUGGACUUAAAUACAUUUUCUUUUUCAUGGAGUGUUUCCCUUUCUCCGACGGUCAAGCGUUGGGUUCUUCAUUGCGCGUUUUUGGGCUUCUGCGCAUCGUCGUAACUCAACUACAUCGCCGUGUCUCCUCUCCUCGUUUCCGUUGUCUCCGUUCUCGUGUCUCCUCUUGCCGUCGUUCGCCUUGUUCUCUUGUCUGAUGUCGAGCUUAUCGCCUCAGUUUUUGUCCUUUAUGACCCUGUCGUCUUUUUUCCGAGGGGAUUUCUAGUUCCCUGACUACCCUGUGUCUCCCUCAGUAGCCUCGACACAACGGCUACGCUUUCACGAGAAAAUUUUCACGAGAGUUUGGCGUGGUAUCUUGGAAAAAACUUUUGUCACAGCCUUGUGGGAAAGAAGUGCAAUCAACGGAUUAGCUUAGCUUUUCUGGAUCUUCCUGGCUUUUGCUUGAUUUUUCGGAAAGUCCUUCCUCCGUGACUUCCGGCUCCAAGGCCGCCUCUUUGACCGCGUUUUUCGUUCGUUUUCCGUAUGCGAACUCUAAACGGACCUUCUGUUGUCAUCUGAUUCGAAACACUCUUUUAGGAAAUCCGCAUUCCGCAGUUCUCUUCUUUAAGGAUUCUCCACAGACACACCUACCUUCCUCCCGCCUUCGAUGCAGACGUGCGUGGAGAAGUCUCGAGUCUCUGGAGCGAAACAAAAACUAACGUCUGCACCUAAAAGACACCUAUGAAUGCACACUCCCACGAGCGGAGAACUUCGCGCUACUGAUAUACACUCUUCGUGAGUCUGGGGAACUGAAAUGCUAUCGUUUCUACAGCCUAGAGCUGCUUUUCUCGGGACUUUCAACCUUUUACGGGUGCCGCCGCCAGUGCUUUCUCGCUCUGUCCCCGAAUCCUCUGUUAGUUUUCUAAAGAGAUAGAAGAGACUUGAAGCACUCGUGCAAACAAUAAAGGUCUUUGCCGCGGACCCACGAGUUUUUCUACAAGUUUCACCAUGGCAACAGACUCACAGGCCCCUGCCUCCAGAGGGUCUCCGUCUGCUUCACAGGCUUCAAGCUGCCCGGCGGCGCCCGCGCCUCAGGUUGCCGGGAUGGAAGAUGACGACGGCCUCUUUGACUGGAACGUGACCCCUGAGUAUCUGCAGCACUUGCAGCAGAAAUACAAAGACGAGAACUUUCCUCUGUUCAUGGAUGAACUCCCCGAAAAUCUCGAGGGAAACCCUCACCUCGUCGCCCUCCAGCAGCUCGCCUACGAAGGCGAGACGGCGAAGAGCGUCGCCGAGAAACUGAAGAAGGAGGGAAACUCCUGGCUGACAAUCGGCGCGCGGAACGAGGAAGAGAAAGCGGAACAGGAAGAGAAGCAAAAGAGGGAGGGAAAACCUCACGAGUCGCCACAGAAAAGAAAGAGAUUCAACGCCAGGAUGGCCCUCCAGUGCUACUCUGCCGGGCUGGAACAGCAAUGUGGAGACAAGACGCUGGAAGCUGUUCUGUACUCCAACCGUGCUCAGUGCCACCUGAUUCUGGGCGAACUUGUGGCAUGCGUCAACGACUGUCGGUCUGCUCUUCGUCUGGAUCCAUCGAUUGUGAAGGCCUACUACCGAGCUGCUCGGGCGUCGUUCCUGCUGGAAUUGUUCCGGCAGAGUUCAGCGUUCGCGGCAGCUGGACUGGAAAGAGACCCCAACAACACAGACAUGAAGCAGCUACGAGACGAGGCGCAGGCGCGCUGGGAAGAGAAGGAAAAGGCGAAGGAGAAGCAGCGCCUCAAGGAAAAAGAGCACAAGAUACCCUCGGUGUCGAAGGUGUUGGAGUCGCGCGGGAUCACAGUCGCGUCGCCAGUCUACUCCAUCGCUCCAGUGGUAUCCCACUGCUCAGGGCCCUAUGUGCAGCUCGAUGAGGCAGGGAGGCCGCGUCUGUUCUUCACCGUCAUUCUUCUCCUGGACGAAGUGAUGUUGACCGAAACGAUCGUCGACUUCGAUGAAGAUAGGAGCCUCGGCUUCUACCUGUGCCACAUGUUCCCCUCAUCCUCUUCUGAAGAGCAGAGAACAGCGGAUGAGCCAGACUUCCCUUCCUGGGACGUAGAGCAGAAGUACAGUGUCGACCGCAUGCGUGCGUACUACGAGUGUGGGAUGCCAGGCGACCUCCUCUUUGACGUUCCCCUUGACGCGCCGCUGGCCCUUCUGCUUCAGAUCGUGAAGCGCAUCGCAGGCGUUCCGGUUUUCCACAUCCUCGUAAGUGUCCCUCCCGGGCGGCGCAAAAACACAUAGAGGACGCGUUCACCCUUCAGGAUCACCAUCUGUUCUUUCUGUGCCUUUCUACGCCCCUCGGUUUUGUCCGACAUUCCUUGCGUAGUUGUGGUGCGUUCCCCGCGACAACCCCCUGGUCGCUCUCGCCAUGAAACGGAGUGCUCAGGUGCCAUUUGUUUACUUCUGUGCGGUGCGUUUCCCUGAAGGUGGAUAGGACGGCAGCACACGAUCUGUUCCUUGAAGGCGCAAUGAUCGAGGUAUUGCAGAUCCCAGAGGGGCAAUGAGACACGCCUGCAGUUUUCCGUUAUUCGCUGAGGAAGGCCCGUCGGCAAAAGCAGGCUUGCUCCUUCGCUCGUCCUUGUCACUGGUGGCGAGUUGGGGAGAAACGCAGCAGCAACGGGAACGAAGGAGAAUAAAGCACUUUGGUUUUCAAAACGCCAACUCAAGCAUCCACAUUCAAGUCGCUGACCUUCCUGAGAAAAGGUGGAACUCCCGACAGAAAUCCGUCGGGAGAGAAACUUCCAUGUAACCUCACACACCAUUCAGUUUGCGGACACAUCUGUGACGGAGUUGGGGAAAGGGAAGACGAAACGCAGCAGCAGUGCACUGCUCUUAUAGGCAUUCCUUCUUCACUCCAGAGUAUCCUGCGGUUCUCUCGAGUCUGCAUCUAAGAUGGUGCGUGGUGGCUUCACAUGAACGGUCCACAACUCUCUCCAGUUCUCUCAUCCUGCUCUUACAGCGCAGAUCUGCCA